UUUGAAAAUUCGAUCAUUAAAGUUGAUUCACAAAAUUCAUUAUUUCAUACGAGUACUAAUUUUACGUUCAAAAGUUUCUCCUUUUAAACAAUUUAAAACACUAAGUAAGAUAGCAUAUUAUGUAUAGAGUACCACAACACUGUGUUGUUUACAAAAUAAAAUAUACAAAUUGGAAUGGGAAUUGGAGUUUGUGGGGGAUUUGAUGCUAAAGGCUCAGCCUCUUUAAUUUGACUAAUUAUCAAUAAAACUCCAUUGAUAUUUUGAGAUGAUUAGAAUGUAUAGACAACUAAACUAAGAGGAAUGUGAAACGACUAAAGGUGUGUUUGAUUCACGUAGGGUAAAAGGAGUUGAUUUAAGAGAUAAAGAGGGAAUUGAAGGUAGUGUCUAGGCAUUCACCUCCUUUCUUGCUUCACCAUUGCACCAUCGCUUUUUCCCCUGUUCCUGUGAUGUUGUCACCCUUUGUCGUCGCUACCUCGCUGUCCCCACUCCUCUCUACCAUGGUUUUGGGGUGGUUGUUGGUUGUUUUUGGAGAGGAGGUUUCUCCUUUGGGCUAGGGGGAGGGGGGUUUGAGAUAAGGUAAAGAUGCAUUGAGAGGGUGGUGUGAUUUUGAGUGUUUGGUGGGUGGUUACGAGGCGAGAAAAUGGUUGGGGUGUAGUUUUCAUGGUGGUUGGAUUGUCAUGAGUGGUGGUAGGAUGGCGCCGAUGAAGGUAGAGACUGUGUUUGGAUGGUUUGUGGUAAUUGGUGGUGCUAGCAAAGUAGUGUGUUGGGUAUGGUGGUGAAUGGGUGGUGUGGUGUUGUAUGAGAAAGGGAAUGGAAAUACCACAGCGGAUUGGAAAUCAUGGUAGAGAGGAGUGCGAGAAAGAGGGAAGGGAGUGUCAUGGCUUGAUUGUAAUUGCUUUGAUCUAAAUUCAUUUCAUUGUGGUUUUAUGGUUUUUAUUUUCCUAAACCUUUGUUUGAGACAUUCAUGAUCUCAUCUAAAUUUUGUUUGUAGUUAAGGAGGGGAGAAUAUUUUACACAUGAUUUAUUUUAAAUUUACAUUUUCUAAUAUUUUAAUCAAUUUGUUGAUAGAAAUUUAAAUGCCGCAAAGGGUGAAUCUCUAAUGUUCAUAGUGCUUUAGCUUGUCUUCGCCUUCUCAAUGCUCAAUGUCCUUGGUGGUUUGUGUCAACCUUCUCAUUGGAUGCGUGCCCUAUGGCUCUUCCUCAUCUGGUCCUUUAGCUUCCUUGGGAAGCUUUGUUUUCAACGACUUUCUUAAAAAGCCUUGUUUUUCUCUUAUGUAUUUUUUUCCCUUUAAUUUUUUUCCUGUACUUUUGGCUAUCUUUAUAUGAUAGACCAUUAACAAAGAAAAAUUUGUAAUCCGCAAUUACGCAUCCAACCCAAAAGAUCCAUACUCAUUUAAGAAUUAAAUCAACCAUCCACCUUUCUAAAAGGAAUCAUUAGAUAAUUCAUUUAAACAGGUCGGAUUUCUUUCCAAAAACCUUAAUUUGGUGUUUCCUUAAUUCAGCAAAGGCAAAGCGCGGGAAAAUGAAAAUUCCCAGACAAUCUUUCCCUCCUUCCCUAAACAGCACCAAUAAAUACUCAAUUAAAAUACUCACCAAAAAAAAAAAAAAAAAACUGCUCAAUCAAUUACAACACCCUCUUUCUUUCUCUUUCUAAAACCCUAAAACCACCGUACAAUCGUCGUACUCCGGUCACCGGGAUACCAUUUCCCGGUGAGAAAAGGAUAUUAAAAGAUGUUUUAUUCGCAUACUUUCUUGGCCCGAAAAGGCCCGCUUGGUACUGUUUGGUGUGCUGCUCAUCUUCAACAUAAACUCAAGAAAUCUCAUUAUGCUUCCACUGAUAUUCCUUCCACUGUUGAGAGGAUUAUAUGUCCAGAAGUUCCAAUUGCACUCAGAAUGUCAGGACAUCUUCUAUUGGGUGUUGUUCGGAUAUAUUCAAAGAAAGUUGAGUACCUUCAUCAUGAUUGCAAUGUUCUUUGGGUGAGUUUGAGGAAUGCCUUUCGCCAUGUCGAUGUUAAUCUGCCUGAAAACGCUAACCAGGCUCAGUUUAAUGCCGUCACGUUGCCGGAGACUUAUGCACUUGAUGCUUUGGACUUGCAUGAUGAUAUGACCCUUAACGAUGGAUUCCAGGAUGAUCACCAUAGAAGCCAAGAGGAUAUAACACUUAAAGAUCAGUAUCAUUCUGAAAGAGAGCUUUAUGUCAGGAUUACAUUUGACGAUGAUAUCAUUCCAGGCUCAAUGGACUCCGAGCACAGGGAGGAGAGUGAUCCGAUGCAGAUAGACAUUCCUCCUGAAGUUCCUGCUCCACCCAUCCCCAGUCCUGAUAUUCACAAUGGCGAAGGUCCCAACCAAAGUGAAGAACAUGGGAGACCUGAGGGCGAAACUGUUCCACCAUUUGAGGUCAUGCGUGAUGCUACUGACUAUGAUGUCCAUGUGCCCAGCCCGAUUCUGCGGCCACAUAAGGAGAAUGUUGACCCUAAUAUUAACAUAUCUCCCCCGAAGGACAUGACUGAGAAGGAAAUUGAUACUCCACCAUCAAUUCCAAUGCCUUCUCAUGAACCACUGCAGUAUAGUGGUCCUUCAUCUCCCCCAACUGAAGCUCAUGUGGAUACUGAUCCUCUUGCAAUUGUUCCAUCGACUGGGUUGGCACUCCGUCCAAGUCCACCUCCUGAGCAGCCUCAACCUCGCAGGAGAAACAGAAAGAGAAAGCAGCUGUUUGAUGAGUCUCUGGUUUUGACUAAUGAGGCUUUGAAAAAUGCACUCAAUGAUUGCUCUGAUUUAGUGAAGAAGAAGAAGAAAUUGCCUUGUUCUGCUUUGGAAGUAUGGAGGUUUAGUGAGAAAAAGAAGAAGAAUGAAGAGGUUUUCUCUGAGCCACUGAUAUCUGGAAUGGGUGCCAAUCUCCAGAAUCUUUUAAGCAAAGACUUAAAAAUUUCACACCCGAAAUUGCCUGUGACAGAAGAAGCUCAGUUGGAGUCUAGGGAAGCAGAAUCUCCUGCACAUACUCCCAAUGUUGGUGAUGAAAUUGAGCGUCUCCGAUCAGCAGAUCUUGAGCCUGGGCACAACAUUGAGCAAUUAUUUCCUUCCUCCCCACUAUUAAUGUCUCCACAGGCCCAUACUGCAGCAACUUCCUCGUCCCCAAUAGUUCCCAGUUCAGUUUCAGAGCCUAGAUUUGGAACUACUGAUACGCAAUCAGAUAUGGGUAUGUAUACCCGGUCUGCUGGCACGGAGAUGGAAACACCAAUCUUGAAUUUCGAGGAUAGAGAUGAUGAUGGAGGUACUGCUCUAUCAGACAUUCCUGAGUCAAGAGCUUCUAUGGAAGCAGAUGAGCUCUCUUUUUUGGAACUAGAUAACAACAGCCCCAAUGAUUCUCAAGGGGCUCAAACGGGAGAUGCCAUGUCUGCGAGGACCAGGGCAGUGGCUCAAUUUCUGAAAAAUCAUUCUCCUGUAUCCAACUUCGCAGAUGGUUCUGAUAAUUUAAGUUUAAGCACCAUAUUGGAAGGGAGACGAAGGAAGUUAUGUGCACGGAUGUUUUAUGAAACUUUGGUUUUGAAGGAUUGUGGAUUGAUUGACGUUCAACAGGAUGAGCCCUAUGGGGAUAUUAUAUUGAAGCUGACUCCUACUAUCUCUAAAGCCCAGCUAUGAGGCUGCAUCAGAUGAAUUGGUGUUUAUCCCUGAUAAACCAUAUAUACAGAAGUGUACCGCAGUUCGAGUAAAAACUUUUGUUCAAUUAUAAAUAGGGAGGGAUCGUUGCACAUAAUAGUUGAUACCAUGACAAGAUGCUGAUUGCUUAAGUAUUGCAACACAGCUCUUUCCUGUAAUAGGAAAUGUUUGUUGUAGUUUGUAGUGUUCUUGAUGUUUAGAAGCCUAGAAGGUCUCUUUUUGUAGUGCUACCAUAUCAGGUGUAACUUGUAGGUUAAUGUUAAUGAUAACUUAAGCUUGUUAUUUAUUAUUUGCUA